GAGAGAGAGGGACGGGCUUGGAUAUAGAAAGUGUGGACCGAGAGAGGGAGGAAGACAGAAAGACAGAACUGCGCGCGGCGUGCUGUGCUGUGUGAAGGUUCUGAGCGCAGAUGAAGCCUCGCUGGUGAGGAGCCGAAGGCUGAUCUCCUCUCAGCCCGGUUUAGUCUAAAGCUUCAGCUCUCAAUCCGCAAUCCGCGGUGACUUUUAUUGGUGAAAGUCGGAGCACUUCCGAAUAAUAGGCGCGGGGCGGAUUUGCAGCGAUUGAGCAUCGCCUCGCCUGUGACUGUUCCUGCGGACGGAUUUUCUACAGCGGUUGGGAUUUAUGUUUUUUAAUCACCGCUUUGGACGAAUGGGGCCGAACGGAGCUGCUGCUGGCUGAUGGACACACGCUGGAGAGCCUGUGUGGGUCUCGUCGACUGCCGCUGUGACACCGGUCCAUUUCCAGAGCGAUUUUUUACGGUGUUAUUCUCUUUUUUCCUUUUUGCUGCUGUUGCUUUCUGGUGAUCUGUAUGUUCUGCAUGAUCAGUUCCAGAAAGCAGCGAGUCGGAUCACACACACCACAGAGACCGGAGACCUGAAGAGGCUUUAACACGAUCAGCACCUGAAAUGGAAAGAUGUGCUCCACAUGCUACGUUACCAGAUGACAGACAGAAAGUGCUCGUCUUCAUCAGGUUCGGCUCAGGCUAUUACUAGCCCGCAUUUCCAUGUUUUGAAGGCAGACGCCAGCUCUCUUUCUCAAUGUGAUGGAAGCGCAACAUGUAUUUCCUGUACGCGUUUUCUUCUCUGUAUCUCUCUAUUCUGUUUUUUUUUUCACUGAGGGCUGCUGCGCAAUGGUCGGAUAAGGUGAAGAAGAUGAACGCCAACAAGUGAAUUUCCUGUAAGUCGUGUAGACUACAGAGGGAUACAGAAGUACACAGCAUCAGGCCACGAAAGCCAUUUUGAUAAGGCCAGAAUAUCUGCGCAGGGGUUACACUGGAGCGAGCCUUUCAGGCAUCCCCCUCGUGACUGGCCGCCUCUCUCCCCUCCGCCUUUAUCAGCCACCUGUGUGUAUGUGUGUGUAAUUUCAUUUGCACAUCGUGUCACAUCUCCCGACCAAAUCUUGUUUCCAAUAAUCCGUCUCAUCCCUUCCUUGCUGAGUCCUGUGCUCAUUGUCCAUGCGAGGCGAGGUCACCAUGGAAACCUGGAGUGGACGGUGGUGGCCACCUCGGCUGUAUCCUGGCCAGGAGGCGCAGAAAGUGACACACAUGUAAACAGUCAUGCUUACAGGGACACCUUUGGUUUAGCUUUUGUUUUUUUUUCCUCCUUUUUUUCCUUUUGCCCAUGCAGCCGAGCCAUGCCGUGGCCGUGCUGAGCCUUCUCUUUGCACAGUUCUGACCACAGAGGUGUGGAGCAGGUUGUUUGCUUGAGUCCAGCGCACACAGACACCUUUUUUUCUGAGCCAACAUCUCAACUGCCAAAGCGUGAAGGUUCCAUGGUCAUAAACUGCUGGUGUUAAAUACGUACGAGGAAAAUCCAGUUUAAUGUCGCAAACCACAAGGUAUGACAGUCAGGAGACCGCGCUGAAUCCCCUCGUCAAAUGUACCCCUCAGGUCAAAAGCUUGUAUGACGCAGGAAGUAAGAGGGGACCAGACAAGCAAGCACAAUGUACUUUUGAAGAUCCACUUAUGUAAAGAGCUGCAGUGACGCCAAAAAUAUACACCUAUAUUUUUUCUGUCUUUCUUCAUUUAAUUCCUCAGCUCCUCAAAAUGCCUCGGAACCGGGCCUUCUCUGAGCCAGAGUAUUCAGCUGAGUACUCAGCGGACUGCUCCGUCACGCUGCCGUCUGACCCUGGCCAGGCGGUCGGACGCACCCAUGAGGUGACCGUGCGCAGCUCGGGCUGCUGCCUGUGUCUGCCCCGCUUCAUGCGGCUCACCUUUGCCCCAGACUCUCUGGAGAACCUCUACCAGACCUAUUUCCGCCGGCAGCGGCACGAAACCCUGCUGGUGUUGGUCGUGUUUGCGGCCCUCUUCGACUGCUAUGUGAUCGUAAUGUGCACUGUGGUCUACACCAGCGAUAAGCUGGCAUCUGUGGCGGUGGCAUCCGUGGGCCUGGCCGCAGACAUCUUGCUCUAUCUGCUGUGUCGCUAUGGGUUGCUGCCAGAGCGCAUCUCCCGCAGGCUGGUGCCCUAUGCCCUCUGGGUGCUCAUAGCCGCCCAGAUCUUCUGUUAUUUGGGAUUGAACUUUGCCCGCUUCCACCAGGCCAGCGACACGGUCGGCUGGCAGGCCUUCUUCAGCUUCUCCUUCUUCUUAACACUGCCGCUGCGGCUGACGCCCAUAGUGCUCAUCACGACUGUGUCCUGUGGGGUGCACACUCUGGUAUUGGGGGUCACCAUUGCUCAGCAGCAGCAGGAAGACAUCCAGGGAGCUGCUCUUGGAAGACAGCUACUGGCCAACAUCCUGAUCUACCUAUGUGCCAUCACAGUGGGGGUCAUGUCAUAUUACAUGGCUGACCGCAAACACCGUAAGGCCUUUCUGGAGGCCAGGCAAUCUCUGGAGGUGAAGUUGAACCUAGAGGAACAGAGCCAGCAGCAGGAACGUCUCCUGCUGUCCAUUCUGCCCAAACACAUAGCAGAUGAGAUGCUACAGGACAUGAAGAAAGAGGCCAGUCAGAAAGAGAUGCAGCAGUUCAACACCAUGUACAUGUAUCGCCAUGAGAAUGUCAGUAUUCUGUUUGCGGACAUUGUGGGCUUCACUCAACUCUCCUCUUCCUGUAGUGCACAGGAGCUAGUCAAGCUGCUUAAUGAGCUGUUUGCCCGUUUUGACAAGCUGGCUGCUAAAUACCACCAGCUGAGGAUUAAAAUCCUUGGAGACUGCUACUAUUGUAUCUGUGGCCUUCCUGAUUACCGAGAUGACCACGCAGCCUGUUCCAUAAUGAUGGGGCUGGCUAUGGUGGAAGCUAUUUCCUAUGUUCGAGAGAAGACACAGACAGAUGUUGACAUGCGUGUUGGGGUGCAUUCUGGGACAGUUCUUGGCGGAGUGCUGGGACAGAAGCGCUGGCAGUAUGAUGUAUGGUCCACGGAUGUGACUGUGGCAAACAAAAUGGAGGCUGGGGGGAUACCGGGGCGAGUGCACAUCUCUCAGAACACACUAGAAUGUCUUCAUGGUGAAUUUGAUGUGGAGCCAGGGAAUGGGGGUGACCGCUGUGAAUACCUGAAGGAGAGAGGCAUCGAGACUUAUCUGGUUGUUGUUCCCAAGGGCCCUAUAAGCAAGAAUGGCAUCAAUGGUGUAAAGCUGUCGGUGACUUCCUCUAAUGGGAACUCUCCACUGUUGAUCAACACAACAGAGUGCAAUGGCAGCGUGCACACAGCCUGCACCACACCGGAGGAGCCAGAGGAGCUGGACACUCGGGUGGUGAACCCCUCGUUCCCAAACCCCCGACGGCGUCUGCGUUUGCGAGACCUGGCUGAGAGGGUAAUUGAUGCUCAGGAAAAUGAGCAGGAGCUGAAUAAACUCCUAAAUGAGGCACUGUUGGAGAGAGAGACAGUACAGGCACUGAAGGGAAAGUACACUAACCGUCUGUCGCUGCGCUUUGUGGAGCCUGACCUGGAGACACGUUUCUCAGUGGAGAAGGAGAAGCAGAGUGGGGCGGCCUUCAGCUGCUCCUGUGUGGUGCUGCUCUUCACUGCAGUCAUUGAGGCACUUAUAGACCCUCUGUUGAUAGCUAACUACGUGACUCUAGCUGUGGGGGAAGUCUUGCUGCUCAUUCUCACCAUCUGCUCCCUGGCGGCCAUUUUCCCACGGGUAUUUCCCAAGAGACUUGUGUCAUUUUCCACAUGGAUAGAUCACACACGCUGGGCUCGCAACACUUGGGCCAUGGCUGCCAUUUUCAUCCUCACACUGGCAGACAUAAUAGAUAUGCUAAGCUGUCGACCACCACAGCCGCCCGCAACAAGCACAGAUGUGGAAAGUUCUCCAGCCCCGGCUGAACAGAGGGGCUGCCUGGAGAACCCCAAAUACUACAGCUACGUUGCUGUGCUAGCACUGAUAGCCACUACCAUGCUGGUGCAGGUCAGCCACAUGGUCAAGCUCACGCUCAUGCUUCUGAUCACAGUGGCCACAGGUGUAGUCAACAUCUACAACUGGAGGGACAUCUUUGACCAGUAUGAUCUGGUGCGCUAUGAGGAGUACAGAGUAUACCUGGUGCCCUCCAAAUACACAAUGACUGUGAUGAUCUUCAUCAUGAUGGUCAGCUUCUACUACUUUGCCCGACACGUGGAGAAACUGGCCCGCACGCUGUUCCUGUGGAAAAUUGAGGUGCAUGAACAGAAGGAGAAAGUGUAUGAGAUGAGGCGCUGGAAUGAGGCUUUGGUCACCAACAUGCUUCCAGAGCAUGUCGCACGCCACUUCCUGGGUUCCAAGAAGAGGGAUGAGGAGCUGUACAGCCAGUCCUAUGAUGAGAUUGGGGUGAUGUUUGCCUCUAUCCCUAAUUUCUCUGACUUCUACACGGAGGAGAGCAUCAACAACGGGGGUAUCGAGUGCUUGAGGUUCCUCAAUGAAAUCAUCUCUGACUUUGACAGUCUUCUGGAUGAACCUCAGUUUCGCUGUAUCACCAAGAUUAAGACUAUCGGCAGCACUUAUAUGGCAGCAUCUGGGGUCACUCCUGACAACAACACCAACGGUUAUGCUUGCAUGAAGAAGGAGGAAUUAUCUGAUAGGGAGCGCUGGCAGCACUUGGCUGAUCUGGCAGAUUUUGCUCUGGCCAUGAAGGUUACUCUUAUGAACAUCAACUACCAGUCAUUUAACAACUUCAUGCUUCGCAUUGGCCUGAAUAAAGGGGGUGUUCUGGCUGGCGUCAUAGGGGCUCGAAAGCCACAUUUUGACAUUUGGGGAAACACUGUUAAUGUGGCCAGCCGCAUGGAAUCUACAGGGGUGAUGGGGAACAUCCAGGUGGUGGAGGACUGCUAUAACAUCCUGAAGGACUACGGCUUCCGCUUUGUGAGGAGGGGACCAAUCUUUGUAAAGGGAAAAGGGGAGUUGCUCACCUAUUUUCUGAAAGGACGGGAAAAACAGGGUUCCUUCAUCAAUGGCUCCUCUGUCACGCUACCCCACCAGGUGGUGGACAGCUCUUGACCGACAGGCAUAAAACCCACACUCAAACAUGAAACUCAUUCGACUUAACGCACCAUACACAUGCAAAAUAAAACCUCUUAAAGUAAGUCCAUGUGUUGCAGAAUGAGAGGGAUGCAGACCUCAGAAAUGAAGUGAAACAUGAGAUUCCCUCUGGUCACACUGGAGAAAUACAGGGUCAUGCUGUACUUAGACCUUUUCAGUGAAUGAAUGAGUGAAUGAAUGACUUUCCAGAAAUAUUUUAUCUGCUGAAAUUGAAUCAGGAACCAUUGUUUAAGAGUACUCGUGAUCAUGCCACACAAACCCAGAGAGUACACACAGUGGAUGGUUACUUGUUAUUAACCAAUUGUAUAUUACACACUUCAAUGCUUUUAAAUUUGAGACUUACACUGCUCCUCUAUAGGUUGUUGUUGAAAAUUCUAUUGUAAAUCUAAAGUUUAUUUGAUUGUUUUAUUUUUUGGAGUUGAGGAGUGUGUCUUCAAGUGUGUGAAGGGAAGCACACAGGCUCCCUCUGCCUCUCAUGUGUGUAUGCAGAUGUGUGCACGUACAAGUAUGUGUGUGUGUCCUCACCUGCUGUUCCCGACGUGUAUGUAUCUACUCCCUUUUAUUUGUGGACUUUGCAGCCAUUUCCAGCCAAUCUACAUUUUUUACCCAGAUAAAAGUGUUUUUAGUGUGCCAUACAACCAGUGCCACAACAUCAUUACGUGUCCUGUAUGUAUGCUACUCCGGGGUGUUUGACGUGUCACUGUGAGCAGGUUAAAUGCAAGCGUGUAUGUACAGUAUGCAUGCACUAAAUGAAAGUGCAGCCGGGGUUAAGACUUUUUUGGCAGUAUUGGAGGGAUGGGUGUUUCUUAGCUCAGAUUAUAUUCCCCUCAAAAGUCUUUCCUAAAAGAUUAGAUGAAUGUGCAAUAGUUUAUUCUUUUACGAUGCUCUGUUCUCCAGUACCCUUUGCAAAAAAGAAACCCACAUUCUUCUCCCUGUAAGUCAUAUUUUUAUAUUAUGAUUGUAUAUGUUUUAUUCUAGCUAAAGAGUAUUGUGCAGUGUGAGCAGAUAUAGGACUGGCGUAGUGUGCCUGACUGCACUGCUGAUGGUUUCCUCUGUUAAUUUAUUGCAGAUGUCAGGGAUAUUGUAUGAAAAACCACAGACAGCAUUGCAAUUGUUACUGAAUCCCCAUGUGUUGUAACAGAAUGAAGGAAAAGACUUCUGGCCUGAUGGAGGAUUUUACUGAAAUUUGAUUUGUAUUUUUGAAAUAUCCUUAGACAUGGGAAUAAAAUGGCACUUUGGAUGAUCUG